AUGGGAAGUGAAGGCAUUAGUUAUGUGCCAAUUUGGGUCAAAUUUAGUGGAGUGCCAUUGGAGUUUUGGACUACUAAAGGGUUGAGCUAUGUUGCGAGUGCUAUUGGAAAACCUCUUUAUAUGGAUAACAUUACGGAUGUUGGGGAUAGAUUGGAGUAUGCAAGAGUUUGUGUUGAAAUAUACACAUCUACUUCAUUCCCGAAUUCAGUGGAACUUGGCCUCCCAAAUAGUGAUUGUGUGAACAUAGGGGUGGAGUAUUCUUGGAAACCGAGGGUCUGCCCUUCGUGUAGAACUUUUAGGCACAAUUUGAAGGAAUCUCACUUGGCCCCUAGAAUUAAGAAGGAAAGUGCCGAGAACAAGAACUUGACUUUAACUCAAGAAUGGCGAAUGGUGACUAAGAGGAAGGAGAAUGUGUCAAAGGACAUGGUUGUGCAAGGAGAGAAAGUGGGCGAGAGCUCUAGCCGCAAAAAAGAGCUGGAUAAUGGGGAAGUGGGUGUCGAAGAGGGUAAUGAGAAUGUUGAAGGUAGGUUUGGAAAAGAUAAGGGUGAAAUGAGUGGGGUUGAUGUUCCUACGGGACUGAUCUUAAUAGAGUUUAUAAUCGAGGUGCGUGUGAUGAUAGGAGUAAGUGUGUUAAGGGGAAUGAAUGUGGGAGGAGAAAUAACCCCACCUAGGGGACCCUUGAUGGAAAACCAUGAGGGGUGUGAAAUGGGGUCUACUUCACCGGCUAUUGUGAGAUUCGGAAAUUUGAUUCGAGUCGAUGAAAAGGAUGGUCUUAAGGAAGGAAAUAGAAGUCUUUCUAAAAGCCAAAAGAGGAAAUUAGCCAGGAAGGCGAGAGAAGCUCCUAACGCCAAGCCAUCCCAUGAUUAA